GAGCGUCAGAGAGAGAAAUACCAAACUUCUUUAAUGGAAGAGACAACGAAGCAGAACAAGAAGAAGAAGAAGAUUCUUGUUAAUUCCGAUGAUUCCAAGAAGAAGGAGCGUCAUAUUGUUACUUGGUCUCCAGAGGAAGAUGAUAUACUAAGGAAGCAAAUCAGUGAACUUGGAACUGAAAAUUGGGCGAUCAUUGCAUCCAAGUUUAAUGAUAAGAGCACAAGGCAGUGUAGAAGAAGAUGGUAUACAUACUUGAACUCUGAUUUCAAGAGAGGAGGUUGGUCCCCUGAAGAAGAUACACUGUUGUGUGAGGCACAGAGAUUGUUUGGGAAUAGGUGGACUGAGAUAGCAAAGGUGGUUUCAGGAAGAACGGAUAAUGCUGUGAAGAACAGGUUUACUACACUGUGCAAGAAGAGGGCUAAGCAUGAAGCCAUGGCGAAAGAGAACAGGAUUGCUUGUUGUGUGAACUCAAACAACAAGAGAUUGUUGUUCCCAGAUGGUAUUAGUACACCUCGAAAAGCCGAAAGUGAAUCUCCUCUUACUAAGAAAAUGAGGAGAAGUCAUAUUCCAGAUCUUACAGAGAUCAAGAGCUAUGGAGAUAGAUCACAUUUAAAGGUUGAAUCGGCUAUGACUCAACAGAGUAGACCUCCAUUUUCGGUAGUAGCCCACAAUGCCACAGGUAUUGAUGGCACGAAAGAGCAAAAACAAACAGGCAAUGCAAAAGAGAGUGACGGUGAGGAUAAAGGUAACCAAGAGGCAUUUCUUAAGAAGGAUGAUCCAAAGGUGACAGCUUUGAUGCAACAAGCUGAGCUUCUCAGUUCAUUGGCCCAGAAAGUUAAUGCAGACAACACAGAUCAAAGCAUGGAGAAUGCCUGGAAGGUUCUACAGGAUUUCUUGAAUAAGAGCAAAGAAAAUGAUCUAUUCAGAUAUGGAAUCCCAGAUAUUGAUUUCCAACUCGAUGAAUUUAAAGAUCUCGAUGAGGACUUGAGGAUUAGUAAUGAAGAUAGUCAAUCAUCUUGGAGGCAACCUGAUCUCCAUGAUUCACCAGCAAGCUCUGAAUAUAGCUCAGGAUCAGGAUCAACCAUAAUGCCGCAUCCUUCUGGUGAUAAAACCCAACAACCCAUGUCUGAUACUCAGACAACAUUGCAGAAACAAAAUGAUGGGAAUUUACUACUAGAUAAAGGAAUUGUGUCUGAUACAACUGUGGAACAAGUGGAUUUACUCACACCAUGUCAGGAUGUCCUAAAGAACCCUAAUGAGAUUGUUCCCAUGCCGGGUGACGAAGAGUUUAACUCACCCGUUCAAGUCACUCCAUUGUUCAGAUCUCUAGCAGCAGGCAUCCCAAGCCCACAAUUCUCUGAAAGUGAGAGGAACUUUCUGCUAAAAACACUCGGUGUCGAGUCCCCAUCUCCAUAUCCAAGUGCUAAUCCUUCACAACCACCUCCUUGCAAAAGAGUCCUUCUCGAUAGCUUGUAAACCAAACCAAACCAAACUCUCUAAACCAAAAAAACUGUCCCUAAACCGCGGUUAUGUCCUCAUGGAGGUCGACAUAACCUGCAUUUCUUCCCUCUUUUUGCUUAGAUUUUCUCCAUAGGUUUGCAGCCAUAUCGGCCUGAAAAGUUUUAGUGAAGCGGGCGUGCCAUGAUCUGC